UGACUGUUGUCUUGACUGGAGAAGAUAGGGUGACCAUUUGUGAUCCUAGAACAAAUCGAAACCGUGCUUUUUAACAUCUCUAAACUAGUGCUACCUUGACCAAAGGAUAUAUCCGAGAUCUGCGUGAUGGCGAGGAAAAAAGCAAACAACAAGGAGUCGGGAGCAAGGAGCUGGUGUCCGGACAACAGAGCAUAUCGAAGAGCCCCGUCUCUCCCGGAGAUGCAGCUGGCGGGGAUGCAGGGCUGGAUAGACUGGCGUCCAGGGCGAACCAGCCAAUGCACACCUGCUGCCUUCUGUGUCACCGUGAGUUUAAGGACUGGGGGGCGAGCUCUGCCAACGGUCUGCCUGGGGGCCACGGGGCGAAGCUAGCUGAUGCUGUCCCAGCCCUGUCCCAGGCCCUGCUCAGAGAGGUGCCGGGCCAGAAGCUGUCGGACACCGUGCCUUCGCUAAGCCAGUCUCUACUGGGAGAGGUGCCACUCUGGAUCUGCCAGAGCUGUCGGAAGAGCGUUGAGGAGGAGGAGAGACGGAGCGCACAGGAAACGGCUGCACCGGUUCCGUUGUCCCACUCAUCGUCGUGUAGGGCCCAGAGCUGUAGUGAAGGUUACCCAGAGCAGAGCUCGGUAGACUGGGACCCAUCCUCCUUCCUCUCGGCCCACAAGCUUUCUGGUCUCUGGAACUCGGCUCACAGCAACGGAGGGAUCCACUGCAACCACAGCACUGCCUCGCACGCACAGCAAGGAACAGGGGGACCAGCGUGUCAUGAGAAGCGAGUCUCUCACGAGGCUCCUGGGAAAUCUGCUAAAAUGCCUGGGGCCAAAGUGUGCCCCUACAGUCACCCUUCCCAGAAUUCCAGUGGUUCUUCCCCCGGGAACCCGCUCUCUACCUCCGGGGACCUCUGUAAGACCACCCCAAAGCACUUCAAGACCAUGUGCCGACGACCAACACCACCUGGGGAAUCAUUCCACCCCAGCGACCACCACCAACACUCAGACCUGUCUGUCCCCCCCAACAGCCCCACUGGCCUCUCCUCCUCCUCUCAGCAGUCCUCUCUCCUGCCCCUCCAGCAGAGCUCCGGAGGGCAGCAGCACGGCCAUGUCACAUCCUCCUCCUCUCCCGGUCUAGCUGCUCACGCCCCCUUCUCCCCGCUGGUACCAAACCUCCACGUCCCCGCGGCAGGGGCCAAGCUGGGGGCCCUGGGUGGCCCUGACUGCUCAGCAGGGGCCAAGCUGGGGGCCCUGAGUGGCCCUGACUGCCCAACAGGGGCCAAGCUGGGGGCCCUGGGUGGCCCUGACUGCCCAACAGGGGCCCUCCAUAAGCCCUUGGCAUGUAAGAACUCACACAUUCCUCCUGUGAACGGCCAGCACAGCAAACUGGGCCCCUCCCAGAUGGGCUGUAACCACCCCUGUAAUGGCCACAGUGGGGGGGCGCUGCCCUCUUCCAACGUGGGACACCUGACCGCUGGGCAACACCUGACUGCUGGCGCCUGCAGGGACCAGGCAUGUAAAGGACAUAAGCUGUCUAACGGGGCGGGGGGGUUGUGUCACCCCCCUUCGGAGCUGGAGGAGGGAGAGGACGAGGACUCUAGUUCUGAGAGGAGCUCCUGUGCUUCCUCCUCAAACAACCAGAAGGAUGGGAAGUACUGUGACUGCUGCUACUGUGAGUUCUUCGGACACAACGCGCCCCCGGCGGCUCCGACCAGCCGUAACUACACAGAGAUCCGAGAGAAGCUCCGGUCUCGUCUGACGCGUCGUAAGGAGGAGUGUCUUCCCCAGAGACGGGACUCUGACCCGGCCGUGUCCACCUCCAUCGACCACCGAGACGUGGACGAGCUGCUGGACUUCAUCAACUCCUCAGAGCACAAACCAGCCAACAGCGCUAAGGCUGCCAAGCGGGCACGCCAUAAACAGAAGAAGAAGGAGAAGCAGACCCAGGCGGGUAGUGGUGAUGGUGAGGGAGCUGGUAGCGACCCCCCCUCCACCCCUCCAGAGCCCAGUGAGGACCCAGACCACCUCAGCCUGGAGGAGGAGGAGGAGGAUGGGGAGUACGGUGAGGGCCCGGAGGCUAGUCGGCUGCUGGAGUGGCCCCAGCUGGAACUAGAGAGGGUCAACUCCUUCCUGACCUCUCGGCUAGAGGAGAUCAAAAACACCAUCAAGGACUCUAUCCGUGCGUCGUUCUCCAUGUACGACCUCAACCUGGAUGUGAAUGACUUCCCGAAGAAGGCUGCUACUCUGGAGGGCAACCAUCUUCUCUCCCACCUCAACGGCUCCUCCUGCUCUGACCUGCAGCAGAUAGACCUCGACCUGGCCCCUCUCUCCCUGGGUACCUUCAAGAGCCAUCUGGACCUGGUCAGCGGCUGGGAGGAGGCCCAUCCCCGGGACACCUCCCCCAUCGGCCCCAUCUCACCCCCGGCUUGUGCUACUGUACCUGGGGUAGGGGGACCAGGGGUUGGUACUGGGGCGAAGGAUGUUCACAGGCUCCACACCACCCCCAGCCUCUCCAAGCUGAUCCGGGUGCGCUCCCCAGAGAGGUGCCCCUCUGCUAGGCCUGAGAAUAAACACCAGGCCCCUGCUUCGAUCCAGACCCAGGCCUCUAUUAAGGUAGCUAAGCCUAAAGAGGAGACCCCAGUGGAGCCCAAGAACAUGACAACCCCUACCCCUGGGGUUAAUGUUGGGGCUGGUAAGAACAUGACAACCCCUACUCCUGGGGCUGGCAAGCUGAAGAAGGGCAAGAAGCAGCAACGUCAGGACCAGCUGCCUCCAGAACAGAACCAGACCAGACCCGGAUCCAAAGCAGCUGCGGAGUCGCAGAAAACUGGUUCUGAUGCUGUGGGUUCUAAGGCUGGUUCUGGUUCCAAACCACCACCUCACUCAGCUGAGAGCCAGAGAACCGGGCCAAGGAGGGCGGAGGAGACCAGACCCACCCGGCAGCAGGCCACCAACGGGACAGCGAGUAGCUCCGGUGCUCCCAGCACCCAAAGAGGGAAGGGGGAGGAGCAAGAGGCCAAAGGUCACUCUGUCGCCUCAACUAAUCACAACCAAGCCCAGCAGCAGCAGCAACCCAAGGGGAAGAAUAAGAAGAACAAGAACAAGGGAGAGAAAACCAGCCGCAACAUCGACGAUGUGUUUCUCCCGAAAGACGUGGACCCAAAAGAAAUGGAUGAGAUUGAUCGUGAGGUGGAAUACUUCAAAAGGUUUUGCCUUGACUCUGCUAAACAGACCCGUCAGAAGGUUGCAGUAAACUGGUCCAACUUUACCCUCAAAUAGGUUCCUUCCAACGCAGCCCAGUAACUGACGGGUUCUAGAAUGCAGAACCCCCCCCCCCCCAACGUGACUAUGUCCAUACAACCCCGACGGCCUGAGGCCUUCUCUCAUUCCCACUCUUCCUCUUCUUCCUCACCAAGCCAAGGGACCCUGGUGCAACACCAUUUUCCAUUGGUCAGGACUGCGAUGCCAUUGGCUGACAGCCAGGGAUCAUUCACACACGGGCCCGACUGAGAACUCGCUGUUUCCCAACGAGGGAGAUGGGAGAUCCAGGCUGAGAGAUGGGCGUUGGUUCUCCGUCUGUCAGAUCUGAUCCACUGUGUACUUCACUAUGUAGUAUGGAAAACAGUUACCUUUUUACAAUAAAAAAUGUGUUUUUAUUGUAAUUGUGGGACAUUUUAACAUUGUAGAAACCUUCUUGGAUUGUUAUUGGUUGGUUCUAUUUGGUGCUUCUGUUCUCUAAAGGUACUGACCCAUGACCCACAAUGAACUUUUACUGUCUUUAGUUUAGGGUAAUAUCCCCCAUCUCUCCCUCAACACACAGCGCUCUGUUUAUUGGCACUCUUUUAGAUAAUCAAUCACUCUUUUAGAUAAUCAAUUGUCUCUAAAGGAUUUUAUGUUGAUUUUAAGUUCAAUGUUGAUCUUACGUUGAUUUUAAGAUCGGAAUAGGUCUUCUAGUAUGGGGGAUGUCAUGUUAACGCACAUUAUACUGUCAUGGACACCAUGUGUGGGUUGGUUAUCUAUACUGUCAUGGACACCAUGUGUGGGUUGGUUAUCUAUACUGUCAUGGACACCAUGUGUGGGUUGGUUAUCUAUACUGUCAUGGACACCAUGUGUGGGUUGGUUAUCUAUACUGUCAUGGACACCAUGUGUGGGUUGGUUAUCUAUACUGUCAUGGACACCAUGUGUGGGUUGGUUAUCUAUACUGUCAUGGACACCAUGUGUGGGCUGGUUAUCUAUACUGUCAUGGACACCAUGUGUGGGUUGGUUAUCUAUACUGUCAUGGACACCAUGUGUGGGUUGGUUAUCUAUACUGUCAUGGACACCAUGUGUGGGUUGGUUAUCUAUACUGUCAUGGACACCAUGUGUGGGUUGGUUAUCUAUACUGUCAUGGACACCAUGUGUGGGCUGGUUAUCUAUACUGUCAUGGACACCAUGUGUGGGUUGGUUAUCUAUACUGUCAUGGACACCAUGUGUGGGUUGGUUAUCUAUACUGUCAUGGACACCAUGUGUGGGUUGGUUAUCUAUACUGUCAUGGACACCAUGUGUGGGUUGGUUAUCUAUACUGUCAUGGACACCAUGUGUGGGUUGGUUAUCUAUACUGUCAUGGACACCAUGUGUGGGUUGGUUAUCUAUACUGUCAUGGACACCAUGUGUGGGUUGGUUAUCUAUACUGUCAUGGACACCAUGUGUGGGUUGGUUAUCUAUACUGUCAUGGACACCAUGUGUGGGUUGGUUAUCUAUACUCUCAUGGACACCAUGUGUGGGUUGGUUAUCUAUACUCUCAUGGACACCAUGUGUGGGUUGGUUAUCUAUACUCUCAUGGACACCCCCCACCAUGUGUGGGUUGGUUAUCUAUACUCUCAUGGACACCCCCCACCAUGUGUGGGUUGGUUAUCUAUACUGUCAUGGACACCCCCCACCAUGUGUGGGUUGGUUAUCUAUACUGUCAUGGACACCCCCCACCAUGUGUGGGUUGGUUAUCUAUACUGUCAUGGACACCCCCCACCAUGUGUGGGUUGGUUAUCUAUACUAUCAUGGACACCAUGUGUGGGUUGGUUAUCUAUACUGUCAUGGACACCAUGUGUGGGUUGGUUAUCUAUACUGUCAUGAACACCCCCCACCAUGUGUGGGUUGGUUAUCUAUACUGUCAUGGACACCCCCCACCAUGUGUGGGUUGGUUAUCUAUCCUGGUAUUGUGCUCUCAUGACCCCGAAUCGUACUGCUCUGAUUGUGCCAACGUGACCCCUCGUUAUGACAUCACAGGCUGAACCAACACUGUUCAUUAAUUUAAUGGUUUGUAGCUUCAACAUCAAGUCUGAGUUCAAGAUUGUGCCCUAUUCGCUAUGUGGUGCACUCCUUUAGACCAGGACCCCGUAGGUCUAUAGUGAAAAGUAGUGCACUGUAUAGGGAAUAGGGUGCAACCAUAGAGUCCCAUUGAGUAAGUCAUUAUGGUGUAGUUUAUCAAUGUUCAAUAUCAAUGUUCCUCAAACUGUAGGAGUCAACGACAGUGGAUGACCCAGACCAAUAGAUUCAUUACCCUCUUGUACAAUGCUAUUAUUUUGUAUGAAAUUGUGACAAAUGGUUGUGUUUUAACAAAAAUGAACGUUUGGAAAGUAAUCAGCGACACUAAUAUAAACUCUGAUCUUUUUUUAAAAUAAAUAAAUAAACAAAAUAUUUAUCUGGUUACUGUGUUUAACACUUGGAAUCACAUCUUCACAAGAUGUGGUUAAAUGAAACCAGAUUGAUUUCUCCCCUGUAUAAUCUAUAUAAGUCAUGGUUAUCUUCAGUGGUCAGCCUCCCCAUGUUCUGAUAUCGAGCCAUGCUCCAUACUUCUCUUUAUGCUUCAAAGUCACAUCUCCCAUUGGUUGUUGAUGUAACUGCUAAUCAGAGCUGAUAUCUCCCAUUGGUUGUUGAUGUAACUGCUAAUCAGAGCUGAUAUCUCCCAUUGGUUGUUGAUGUAGCUGCUAAUCAGAGCUGAUAUCUCCCAUUGGUUGUUGAUGUAGCUGCUAAUCAGAGCUGAUAUCUCCCAUUGGUUGUUGAUGUAACUGCUAAUCAGAGCUGAUAUCUCCCAUUGAUUGUUGAUGUAACUGCUAAUCAGAGCUGAUAUCUCCCAUUGGUUGUUGAUGUAACUGCUAAUCAGAGCUGAUAUCUCCCAUUGGUUGUUGAUGUAACUGCUAAUCAGAGCUGAUAUCUCCCAUUGGUUGUUGAUGUAACUGCUAAUCAGAGCUGAUAUCUCCCAUUGGUUGUUGAUGUAACUGCUAAUCAGAGCUGAUAUCUCCCAUUGGUUGUUGAUGUAACUGCUAAUCAGAGCUGAUAUAUUCCCCUAUGGUGGUCUGUGAUUAUGGUUCUAUACUGUGGCCAUGUUCUCAACAGUCUUGCUUCUCAAACGGCACCCUAUUCCCUAUAUAGUGCACUACCUGUGACCAGGGCCCAUAGGUUAGUGCACUACUUGUGACCAGGGCCCAUAGGGUAGUGUACUAUAUAGGGAAUAGGGUGCUAUUUGGGAUGCUCUACCAUGGCUGCCUCAUACUGUUGUUUUGAUCUCUCAACUCCUUCACAUACAGGAUUGUAUUCAUUAGGCAUCCGACGGAAGAAAACAUACAAACAUGAAGAGACGACUUGUACUUGUCCAUUUUAACAACUGUUGUUGUUGGUUUUUUUUUCAGUUGAAAAAAUGUUUGUACAUAAAAGUGACUUUAGGGCAUUUUAAACAAGUCCGCAAUGAUAACCUGGUCUCACUGAGGUUUGGUGAGGAUUUCAAACAUGGUACAAAAAUUCACAAUGCUCUCUGACCCUUCUGGGGUCAUACAUCUCAAUAAGAACCUCUGCUGUCACUCAGUAUCUUCUGAGUUCCCUUUUCUGAUCAGAAAACGAUCAAUAGUUUUAAGUGAUGUUUCCGAUAGAAGUGGUGCUUCGAUGAUUCCAAGUUAGUCAUCACAAAAACAUGUCUCAAGUUUCCGUGAUUUUAUGUUUUAUUUUAUUUUUUCCUUCCAGAAAAUCUGUUUCUGAAAUUUUGUAUCCCAGUUUAUAUUCAACUAGAAGACAUGAUCUGAAAUGUGUGGAAUGUAGAUGUAUACUAUACCGUUAAUGUCGGCCUAAAACAAGUUGGCCUUUCUGUUUUUUUUUUUUUUAUUAUUAUUCACUUUUGAUACUGUGAAAAUCUUUCGUUCAGAAAGAUUAAAACAUUACAGUUUUGACAAAA